GGUCAGGCAGAAGGAAAGGCUGAGGAGCUGCAGCAAAUGGCAGAGGAAGCUGAGAGAGGAGAGCGAACAGGCCAAGAGAGGGAAAAUAAUGAAGCAGCUGCAGCAACUCAUUCCACUACAGGGUUUGAUGUAGGUGACAAAGACACAGGGCCCAUACAGGUCAAGCUGAAGAGCUACCCACAAGAUAAUUUUGGUACACAGAAGAGAGCGUUUCACUACAGCUGGUUUGAAAAGCACAACUG